UUCAUUCAUUUCCUCGCGUAAAUGAAAAAGACGCCACGGAGUGUUUUACUGUUUGUUCUAUUUCUAAAAAAGGGUGCAUCAAGAAAACUCUGUGAAAGUUUGCUAAUUAUUCCCCAUCAAUGGCUAACAUAGAUAUCCCCGGGCGAAAUCCACUCAGGUACUGCAGACUUUGCCUGACUCAGGUAAAUGUACUAAAGGUGCUCGAAUCGGCGCAAACCAUCCGCCAGCCAGAGAAGGAACUAUUGCAGAAGUUGUUCCAUUACACGAGAAUAACAUUCAACAACGUGGAAGACUACCCGAGUGCAGUUUGUCAUGAAUGUAUGGAUAGGUUCAGCGACUUCCACGAAUUCCGUCGCAUGGUGGUUCGUAAUCAUAACGCAGUGAAAGCCUACCGUAAGAUGCACGGAGACGAAAUGGAUUUCCCACAAACGGAGGAGGAAACUGUGCUGAUUGAAUUGAUUGACGGCUCUCAGCUGACAGAGAUUAAGCAGGAGUUGGAUGAAUAUGAAGAUUCAAAAUGUGACAUCCCUAAGGUUCCUGAGCCUAAGCCAGCGAAGGAAACCGUUAAGGAAGUGGAUGUCUAUCAUUUAGAUGGCGAACUUAGAAAUGUCGUUGUGAAAGAGGAAAAACUUUCAUCGGUACGCUCGCUACCGGUUGCCGUUAGUAGUGCCAGCAAGAGUAAGAAUGAAGAUACGAAGAAAUCUCCUGCAGAGCUCCCUCAUAUCAAUGUUCUGAACAAGAAGGUAGCUGUUGUGAAACGACCACAAGGGACAGUACUCAAUUCGGAACAUUCGGAGAAACGAACUAAACUGGCAACUGGGCAUGGUUUUUCAAUUGUGAAAUGCUCGCAGUGCCGAGCAGUCUUCCGUAGUCGUGAGAAUCUGAUCAUUCAUGAGCGAAACGAUCACCCGGUCUCCUCGCCAACCAAGACUGGUUCUCCGAAGACACCAUCAACAUCACCAGUGGGUAGUUCGAAACCUCCACCACAAACGACUCAACAUGUCACUCUGUACAAGUGCACGCAUUGCAGCAGUAGCUUCAUCCAUGAGGCCAACUUUGAGAAGCACCUGCAAACCUGUAAGGUAGGAAUACUGGCUAAGCUGAAUCCUCAGAUAACGGUUAAACGAACUGCGCCAGCUGCAAUGAAUGAAACUAAGGCGGCCGUCGUCAAGGCUGAUGAUCAGGCUAAAAUAAAACAUGUUCUGAAGAAGGAAGAAACGGUAGAGCAGAUAAUCCGCAAACAUGUUGUGAAGAAGGAGGAAACUGAAGACAAUAGAAUCCGUUGUCACUACUGCCCGUUGACGUACAAGACAAAGCAUUUCCUCAAGAAGCACAUGUUGGACGUGCACAAGAUCGACGAUUACGAAGAUGUAUUUUACUGUCACGUGUGUAAGCUGAAUUACUCGUGUAACGAGGAUCUGCAGUUGCACAACCGAGCAAUCCAUCGGUUUCAAUGCAAGCAGUGUCUGGAGGACUUUAGGACCUGUAUGCACUCUCAGAUCUAUGGAAAACCGAACGAAAAUGGUAUCAAUAAAGGUACGUUAGGUUAAAUUGA